CACUUUCGUGAAGGGGCAAGGCAUCGCAGCCUUCAUCUGGAAAGCAUACUCGGCCUCAUGCAAAGGACCUUGCUGCGAGAUGCCCUUUCACUAGGAGCUGGGAUUUCCAUGAUCAUGUUGGAAUGCCAGAAGGAAGAAAUAUUGGAAGCUGUGAGGAAGCACUUGCGUGACCUAAAAAACAAUCAAGGCCAUUUGGAUGAUCUUUCGAUCGAAUCUGGCGAUGUCCAGGGGACGGGCAAUCAAGACAAGCAGCUCUAUCUCCGCUUGCGCAAGGAUCUGCGUGACGAGUUUCCGGAUGUUUACAAAAGUCACAAAAGCACAGGCGACAAAAAGAUCAGGUCAGAAGAAGGACAUUGGUGGGAGGAAACAGAAUGGACGCGGCUUGGGAUACAAAUAACUUCCUCAGUGGUGACGGCAGUUCUCGUUCUCCUGUUGCAGGUCGAGGAAAGCGCAGCAUUCUACCUGAAGCCCUGUGAAGGCUGUGUGAAUCGCGUCGACAUCCUUGGACGUGAAGAACCUAUUAUGACCUCUUGGACGUUCUGGAUGGUCACCUGCUACGUUGUGUGCGUGACUACGUACACUUGGUAUUGCUUUGUUGAACAUGUCCUGAACAUCACAUUUGUACAGAUGAGGGAAAACCGUGACCAGCUUCUUCUGUUCACAGCGCUUACCAGAGCAGGCGCAUUCAACUCUCUCUGGAGUAAGGCAAACUUGAAGCGCUUGUAUCACAUACUCUCAACAAAAUACGGCGCAAAACAGGAAGAGCGGGCCCUGGAAGAGAGGGCCUUGAGAAAGUUCUUGGCACAACGCUUGCGCGGAAGUGGGGAAGCUUGCUUGGACCUGCAACGGCUGGACCAUGCAGAAGCUUGGUGGAAGCUGCGGAUGUACAUACAGAUCGACUUUCUGGAUGAGACAGCGCUGGUGGAGAUUGUUGGCAUGAUCAUUUUCAUGUUGACGGUGUUAUUUGCCGUUGUAGGCUUGCUAGACUGGUUGAAAUACCACACAUUUUCUUUGCCUUUGUCGCUUUUGGCUUUGCUCAUCUGGACUCUCGUCAUUGCAAUGUAUCGAGUCUUUGAAGAGUGCGAGGCCAUCAACAGUCUAUGGGAGAAUGACAAUCGGGCGCUGUCGCUGGCCAUUCUCAGAGCUACGCACGCGGCAUGUACAUCCCCCCACCCCGACCCCAAGCUGAACCAACACGCAUCUUUCCUUCGAGCGAUGCAGAACAAAGUCGCCGUGUUCGAGAACCGGCAGGAGCUCUUCGGCUGGGCCGUGACCCGAAACCUGCGCAAUGGGUGGGUGGCCACCAUGGCUACUCUGGUUGUGACUUCCGCGGUUCAGAUCGCAAAGCCCGUGAUUCUGAACGGCCUCCUUCGAGGGCAACUCCAGGGAUUGCUGGACCUCGACGACGACAUGUUUAACAACGCAUCUACCGAGUGA